GGGGGGUGAGUGGUGGACUCAUGACUUUCUCUAAAACCAGCCCUGAUCACACAGAACUGACCUCGGAGCUACUAACAGCGAAAGAAGAACAAGUCGCGUGCAACCGUGCGUGAGUGGCCAAUCCAAAACAGGCUCGUGCUGCUGUCCACCGCUCAGGUGCUGAAGGCAUCACAGCGGGACAACAGUGUCUGUGUGAUGGAAGUGCACUUUGGACAGGUGCCGCUCACCGUUACGCACAGGCACGGCGGGGUGAACCAGCUCGGCGGAGUCUUCAUCAACGGGCGCCCGUUACCGCACGUGGUGAGACAGCGCAUUGUGGAGCUUGCGCAACUGGGCGUGCGUCCCUGCGAGAUCUCCCGCAGCCUGCGCGUCAGCCACGGCUGUGUCAGCAAAAUACUGGCCAGGUACAAUGAGACAGGCAGCAUCAGACCGGGAGUGAUCGGCGGCUCCAAGCCCAAAGUGGCCACUCCUCGGGUUGUGCAAAUGAUCCUGCAUUGGAAACAUACCAACCCCACCCUGUUUGCCUGGGAGAUCAGAGACCGGCUGGUGCUGGAGCGAGUGUGUGACCAUGUCAGCGUGCCCAGCAUCAGUUCCAUCAACAGAAUCAUAAGAAGCAAAGUCCAAUCUGAGUGCUGUGAAGUUGUGUCAUCAGCAUCAUCUGUUGCCAUGGGAACAGGCCAGUCCUCUGAGUCCACUUAUUCCAUCAGUGGGAUUCUUGGAAUCAGAAAAUGUGGCAGGAAAUAUAAAGAAGCUGCUUCCGUCCAGGGUCCUGGUAUUCUACAUGUUGUCUCGCUGUCACACGGUCACAACUCACCGGGCCGGGACUUCUCCUGCUUCAUGUACCACAAUCAGCCGCGUUCCUGUAGUGACCCCUGGGGACAGACUGAUACCCGCCUUACCCCCGUGUCUGGCCUGACCUUUUACCCCAGCCUGCAAUCUAAUCAUAAUCCAGACCAGAUCGGUUCUCCGUGUUAUCGCAGCUGAGGGCGGCUCUGAAAUAUCCCAGAAGAAAGAAUAUCACUAAUUUCGUUGUGUAUUACAAGAUCAACGACAACAAAAGAUAGAAAACUUUAUCACAAUUUGCAAUUAACUUUUUACAUUUUAUUUACAUAAUUUGGUCUCUAAACUAACGCCGUUGGUUCAGAGGCUUUACUGAGCUUCAUCGGUCCAACAUAUUAUCCCCUGUCCCCGCCACCCCUGUGGCCAUUUUCUCCCCAGUCAGUGGUUGAGGGGGAGCAUCAUUAGAGGCCCCGUGAUGGAGAAUAGUGACUGUUUUUUUCUCCUUAGCGUGUGUGUGUGUGUGUGUCUCCCUGGCCUGCCCUCCAGGAUGAGGUAUAGAAGGAGACGACGGGAGCUGCCAGAGGGACCGUCAGGGUCAAAGGACACAACUGAGAUAGAAAUCUGUGGCCGGCGGUGGGCAUCAGUCUGCAGGAGGCCUGUGGAGAGCAGGCGCAUGGUGGCAGAUGUUUUCACUGAAAUAGUAUGUGAAUACAAGCGCACGCCCACAAACUUAAAUCUUUCAUAUGUACAGAAAUGAAUGCAGGUGUUCAAAUGUCCCAUAAUCCUAUUUUUUGUGAGAAAACCUUUCAUGUAUAUCAAGUCAAUGUAAUUUUACCGUAAUCAGAGGGCUUUACAGUCUUUACAAUACAAGACACAAUCUAUACCCUCAAACUCUGACAAAGGAAAAAGUGGAGAAACGUCAAAAAGUUUAACAGAGAGUAAAAUAGGAGAAGCAGGAGUAGAAUACAUGUAUAGACAAUAUGGACACAGUGUGGAACAGUGUAUUAUUAUUUAGCCAUUGAAUUAAAAAAAUAGUAAACGAAGUAGAAACAGCUCAAAUGAAAUGUAUAAAAGUGUGGAUUGGUCUCAUUGUUCCUGUUGUAUACUUUUGAUUUUCUCUCUGCUACAAGUCAAAACUGUUUGCUAUGGAAAAACAAACAGUCCUGGUUUGAUUGAUUUGAAGACAUCUGACUCUGCUUCACCUUUACAAAGAGCACAAGGGUCUCCUCCAGCAGUCUCCCUGGUGUAAUCAGCUGUUUAUUAGGGGAUUUAGUUUCGUGCAGCGUCUCCGGUGAGACAUUUUGUUGCUAAGAGAAUGGAGACACAAGUGCGAAGCCCGACAACCAAAAGGAAGUUCUUGUUUUCAGUUCAGACAACAAAAAAACCAACAGGAGCCUGUCCAAAGACUGCACUUUGUGCUCUGUGAUAUAGCACGAGCCUGCUCUAUUGAAACUAUUAUUUAACGCAAUGAAAAACAUGCUUUGAUCAGUGGAUUGUGACGUCGUUCUCACCGGCUCUCUCUUAUCUCCACCCAUGUUUCGGCUGCAUGCUGCAUGCUGU